UUCUGUAGCCUCUUGUUUAAAAUAGUAUUGUGAAUGUCUAUGUUGUUUAGCAUCUGACUUAUUACUUACAAUUGCUAAAUGACUGCUUUAUUUAAUCUUGAUUUUAGCUUCCCCAAACUAGCAACCUAGCCUUUGUUAAAUCGUAGCUGUAACCGCACUAGCUAGCUUGGUCAGUUGAUUAGAAGUGAGGUCCAGGAUCAAUGAGAGCCAAGCUCCUGACUUCAACACCUAGCCCGUCCCAUUCAUGUGGUCGGUUUCCUUGUCUCCAUGGGGGAGACGCAUUUCUGAAAUCCUGUGUGACCAUAAGCACAAUUUUUAGCUGGUAACGCAGUUCAGGAUGGUGUUGUUGAAGCGUAAGAAUGUGUAAGAUAACCCGUGUCUGUACCCAAGGCUGUUCAUGUAAUCCUGUGUCAUCUAUGACAAACACUCAAUCUUGUAUUCCAGUUAGGAGCAUGACACAUUUUAUUUAUAUGUCGCAGAUGAACAGUGUUUAGUCACUACAGUCAAGAAUGAGGGCUGUUUGGAUUUUAACAUGGAUAUUACCAAUUUAAUUUAGUAGGUAGUAAAAUUCAACCUUGUUGUUUUUGUGGCCAGUGAUGAAGUAAUGGCUUUUGGGGUCUGCUGACGGCACAGUUGCAAGACGUAGUCGUAAUGGUGCAUCUUCAGGAAAACAUGUUUAAUGUUCUACAGAAGAAACUGCUAUCGAGAGCAAACAUCUUUGUUUUCCAGUCCUACACUGGUGUAUCCCUCAGUCAUCCAAGCAUUAUUAUCCAGUUAUAGAUACCACAGCAGAUGGGAGGUCAGGCUGACUUGUACCCCUUUUGACAUGUUUCAGAGGCAUGAUGUUCAGGCCCUCAUUAGGACAUCUUCAGGCCUGUCCUACAAGAAGCAACGCAUGAUACUCAAUGCCAGAAGUGACGUCUGUACUGUCUUUUAAAAAGUGUCUCUUGGGAAACAGUUUAAAUUAAGUUUGAAGGGUCCCCCCUACCCACAGUAACACUUAAAGGGCGUAACUAGACAAUACCAUUUUUUUAAUGUUCAACUUCACUUGUUGAGUUAAUGGGUUCUCAAGAAUUAAUGGGUACCGCCUUUUUUUGGGUGAUAACCUUUCCAGGCAUGGUUUUCUGUACAACUGAGCAGGCAUCAGUUCAACAUUUGAAUCCUGGUCAGUGGAUGCUGUGUUGUCUGUAAGGUGUGGUACAGAGAAGAGUUUUGUGAAUGUCAAAGUUGCAAAACAUUUUCAAUGGCUCCAUUCUACAACAGAGUUGUCUUAAUGGUAGACACACGAUACCCUCUCUGGGCCUGACCAAACGGGUGAUGAAGGUGAAUGCCGAGAAGGAGCGUGCGUCGCUGCGGCUUGUGGCGGUCCUGGCCAACACAGGGUGCGUGGACGCGGUGUGCCAGCAGAUGGCGUCCUACCCACAGUACCUGGAGAGCUUCCUCCACCUUCAGCACUACAUCCUCCAGAUGGACGGGCCCCUCCCCCUCCCUUACCGACACUACAUCGCCAUCAUGGCUGCAGCGCGGCAUCACUGUGGUUACCUGGUAUCCCUGCACUCAGCCCAGUUUCUCAAGUCAGGGGGGGACCCUCAGUGGCUGAAGGGCCUGGAGGACGCCCCGCUUCGCCUGCGACACCUCGACCAGCUCAACAAGGUCCUGGCCCACCAGCCCUGGCUCACGGCCCACUCACACAUCCAGGCGUUGCUGAAGAUGGGGGAGCAGUGCUGGUCUCUGGCUGAGCUGGUCCAGGCUGUGGUGCUGUUAGCCCACUGCCACUCUCUCGCUAGCUUCGUGUUUGGCUCGGGGGCUGACUCUGACCCCGCCCCCCUCCCCAGGGCACCCAAUGGCACUCCCCCGGGCUACAGCCUCUCUGACGCUGCCAACGGCAACCUCACCGCGCCCCUGGAACACGGCACGCGUCGCAGACGGCAGUCUCUGAGCUCCAGCAGCGAGGGGGUGUGUCUGAAGGACCUGAGGGAGGGGGGUCUCGUAAACACAAAGACUGUCCAGCAAACAGAGUUGGAAGACGAAGAGGAGCUGAUCAAAUCUGCGGACCCCUCUCGUUUCAUAACUGACCCAGAGUUUGGCUACCAGGAGUUUGCCCGGAGAGAGGAAGACCACUAUCAAGUGUUCUGGGUGCAGGACUACUCCUGGGACGACCACGGCUUCUCACUGGUCAACCGGCUCUACUCGGACAUUGGGCACAAGCUGGACGAGCGUUUCCGCAGGGUUAUGGACCUCCCGUCGACCCACAGUCCAGACCUGAAAAGAGCGAUCUGGAACUACAUUCACUGCAUGUUGGGGAUCAGAUACGACGAUUACAACUAUGGGGAGAUCAACAAGCUGCUGGUGAAGGAUCUGAAGCUCUACAUUAAAUCGGUGGCGUGCUACCCUGAUGCCACCAAGGCCCCACGGUUUCCCGCCUCCUGGUCGACCCUUGAACCUGCUGAGAGGGUCCACGUGAGCCUCCUGGUAAUGGAGGCCCGGCUACAGGCGGAGCUUCUGUAUGCCCUGAGAGCCAUCACCCAGUACAUGAUAGCCUAGGUCGGUUGGCGGGCGGGAGGGAGAGCGGCACGGUCCUAGUUGCCGGCGGUACAUGGAGGGCUGAGUUGGAGGACCCUGGGUUGGAGCGCGGGAGCAGACGGAGGGGUGCACUGAAACGGCCGACCAUUGACGCGGAGCGAUGCGGUCGUAUCUGGCAGAAUUCUUCCGACUGUGUGUGGUAACGCGGGCGUCGGCGCUCUGCUGGUGUAGCUUUCACACUGCAGCAGGAAGCCCGCGACUGAACACACUUUGCGGCCGUUUAAUCCCGUCUCUCCACCUGCUGCUCAACUCUGCCAGGGGGGUCUUCCCACUUUUCAGUUGCCAUCUUUUCCUCUUAUCAAACAUCUCUGCUCUUGAUGGUUAAUGUGCAAUUAUAUUACUAUUAUUAUAAUAGGUAUUAAUUAUUUUCAUUUUUUUAAAUGUAUUGUUUGUCUCAAUUCUGAUGACUGUGAUGAAAGCAGAUGGACGUUUCUGCAAUGUAGCAAGGAGAUCUAUCCCCCCCCCCCCCCCAUGGUUUGUGAUCAUUUUCGUCUCUUCGACUCUUCGCAUUUGUCGUAUUUUUUUGGGAUUGGAAUGUUUUGGGAAGAUGACGUCAUCAUUUGUCAGUUGGUCAGGGUGACGGACAGUUGUUCAUUGUAACUCUUUUCACGUUAGGACAGAAAAAGCAAAAAACAAAAAAAAGCAGACACUUUAAGACGAUAUCACACAACUAUAGUUUCUUUUAAAAGCACUUUUUUUUUAGAAUAUAUUUAUAAGACAAAUCAAGCUCAGUUGGCACGGAGUCCUUUCUGUUCACUGGAUGGGGUCUGGUGGAAAAGAUUCCACGAGUGUUUCUGGAGUCCCUUCUGCUGUCAGAUCAGCUGAUCUCCUCUCCUGCAAGCUGCCCUGUAACCCCAGUCUUCUGACAUCAAGGCGCGUGGAGCCACACAGGGACAAACAGGCUUUCAAUAGAGGCUAUGCGCCCCCCACCUGACCUGAGAGAACUCAGUACCUCAGAUGGCUGUGCAACCGCCAAGACUAUAGAGAGAAAAUAUAUAUUUUAACCUAAAUGAACACAAAGAGGAGGCCAAAGUAAUCCUUAGGUUUUUUUUGGUUUAGUUUUUUUUGAGUCGAGAAUAAGCUCUGCCUUGUGACUGUCAGUUCCUAUAUUGAUGUCCUCUGGCAUAGAUCAAAUGUAGGAAUCUCCCUUUUGGAGUACCUCAACCAUCCCUAAAACUGCACACGUGCAUUUCAGUGGUCGUUGAAGGUAAUCAGCACUAUGAACUGGGACUCUGCAACCGAAACGUUUCCAGAAGUGGCCUGCACUGGGUUGGAACUGCUGUUAAGCAUGGGCUUGAUGCAGCAAAGGAUGUAGAUCAAAGGUCACAUGUUGUCCAUGAUCUUAUGCAUGUGAAAAGUAGGUCUGUCUGUUUCAGUUAUUUAUUUUGUGAGCUUUAUGACCUAAAAUUAAAUAUGCUGAUUCGUGGUACAAAUUUGCAGAGCAGAACGGUGUGUACUGCUGAAUCAAUAAAAAAAAAUUAUACAUAUUAUUUUUCUUUUUUCUUUCUUUUUUUUUUUUUUUUUUACACUUGCAUCAGAGUGACUGUGGUCCUCGUUUAUGUUGUUUCUGUGUUCGCUGCUAUUAUCCUGCCUGUUAUGCUGCAACCUGAAUAUUUCAGAGGCAGUGGGGUGGAAGACGCUUAUAAUGGGCUUGACUUUUUGAAAUGAUGGCGGAGAAACACAAGCAAAAGAAACCAGAAGCUUUUUAGCACCGGUGCCUUUAGGCCAAACUGCACUGGGGCUGAGUGGACAGACUUGACCACCUUGGGCUUAGUGUGUGGGCUGUAGUCGGGGGAACGUUCCCCGUCUCUGUCCUCUGAAACAGUGUUCUGUGGCCCAUCCGGAAUGCCCAGUGCCCCCACCACCGGAAACAUGUCUGUCGUUCCGGCCGGAGUGUGGGCUGCGUGUCAGCAUGUCCGCGUGUUUCCGUCUGGGAGGCUUCCAACUCCCCGGCCGUCUGACCCGAUGAUGGAGCCAUGGACACUGAGAUGGAUGUUACAGUUUUACAAUAUUUACCACGUAAAUGAAUGGACAAUGAAAUAAACAAAAAAAAAAAA